AUGCUGGGACUCUGCGGGAACAGGGAGAUUGCAGAACGCCAUCUUUAAACCCCACAAGAGGCCAGCUACAGUUGAACACCGGGAUGAAAAACACUUUCCCUUCAUCGGGAUAUAAGUUCAGAUCCUGGGAAUUUAUAUAUGUUUGUUUCCCAGUUAAGUAAAUAACAAGCGGCUGUCCGAUGGGACUGAGCGGAGACGGCCACGGGACACAGCGAGAGCGUUAACAUGUUGUUAUCAUAGGCGGACAACAACAAUAGACGGAAAGACAACAACAGCGGCUAGCAUCGCCUUGCUAACGCUGUUUAAAACGCUAACUGCAAGCUAGCUAGCUAACGUUAGCUACUUCAUCAGCAAGUCUGUCUGGUUUCGCUGAAAUUUUGACUGGACGCUGUUUGAUAGCUGACAGUGGGUAUCCAGCUCUAUCCAACGAGGCACCCCGACACCACUUGGCCACUUUUAAAAACAUAUUUAGUUGUGAGAUUUGCGUUGUGGCUUUAGCUAGCUAAAAGCUAAGUCCCGACUUCUCCCCCUCCCCAGCGGCCCGGCCGGAGAUGCGUGGAAGAUGUCGGUGUCGGGGCUGAAGGCCGAACUGAAGUUUUUGGAGUCCAUUUUUGAUCCAAACCACGAACGAUUCCGGAUCAUUGACUGGAAGCCCGAUGAGCUGAGCUGCCAGUUUAAUGUAACUGGGGAAAAGCUGUUAAUUAUCCACUGUAACAUAACGGAGUCUUAUCCAUCUACGCCGCCAAUAUGGUUUGUGGACUCUGAUGACCCGAGCUUGACACAAGUAUUGGAGCGAUUGGAAGAUGUGAGAAAAGGCAGCACCCUGCUUUUGCAGCAAUUGAAGAAGCUCAUUUGUGACCUUUGCCGCCUGUACAACCUGCCUCAACAUCCCGAUGUGGAGAUGCUGGAUCAGCCCCUGCCCGCAGGCCCUGUGGGACAAGACCGAAAGCAUGGAACAGAAGAGGUCACAUCUGAAGAAGAAGAGGAGGAGGAGAUGGGAGAGGACAUAGAAGAUCUGGACCACUAUGAAAUGAAAGAGGAGGAGCCCGUGGAUGGGAAAAAAUCCGAGGAUGAUGGCAUCGAGAAGGAGAAUCUGGCCAUCCUGGAGAAGAUACGUAAGAACCAGAGGCAGGACCACUUGAAUUUGCAGGGAGCUGUGUCUGGUUCAGUGCAAGCCUCUGACCGCCUGAUGAAGGAGCUUAGAGAGAUCUACAGGUCUCAGAGCUACAAGACAGGCAUCUAUUCAGUCGAGCUCGUUAACGACAGCCUGUAUGAAUGGCACGUCAAACUAAGGACGGUGGAUCCAGAUAGCCCCUUACACAGUGAUUUACAAGUCUUAAAGGAAAAGGAAGGAAUGGAUUACAUUUUACUAAACUUCUCAUAUAAAGAUAAUUUCCCCUUUGAUCCGCCAUUUGUCCGGGUAGUCUCGCCUGUGCUUUCUGGAGGUUACGUUCUCGGAGGAGGUGCCCUGUGCAUGGAACUUCUCACCAAACAGGGUUGGAGCAGUGCCUAUUCCAUUGAGUCUGUCAUCAUGCAGAUCAAUGCCACUUUAGUCAAAGGAAAAGCCAGAGUGCAGUUUGGAGCCAAUAAAAACCAGUACAAUCUUGCCAGAGCACAGCAGUCCUACAAAUCCCUGGUUCAGAUCCACGAAAAGAAUGGCUGGUACACACCCCCAAAGGAGGACGGCUAAAACAGACUCUUGCCUUUCCUGCACUGGGACCACAUGUCUUAGAUUUUUUUUCCCUUUUCCUUGCGACCAAUUUCUUUUUUUUUUUUUUUAAAUCAUUCAAACUAUUUUGUUCUCUACAUGAGAGUUUGAACUCCAAACCAAAUUCUUCAUUCAGUGACCACCCACAAACUAGCACAUAAACACACACACAUGCACCCCCACCCAAAAAUUACAUCCAAGCCCAUCAGCUGCUCGCAAGGUUUUCCUCUCUUCAGAUAUUUAUCUCUCUGUACAUCUGUUGUCUGAAACAAUCUCAUUUUACCAUUGCGACAUUCAUCCCAUACUCCAGGAGAACAGUGGACUUUAAAUAUCACGCAAACUCUCCGUUUGGUUUUGGCAGCGAGCAUGCCAAGGUUACUUACAGGCUGUGAGUUGAAAGGUGCGGCAUGGUUUUAUCCUCUGGCAGUGGCAGUUUGGCGCUCCAGUCACUGCACACUGCCUCUGCAGCCACAGACUGGAUCCGAGAAUGGCAUGCGACAUUCCCGGGUAUGAUGCAGUGGUGGCUGGAACGGACAUAAAUGCUGGUGGUGGGGAAAAACCACCACCUCUCUCUCCAUGGACGGCCUCUGUAAUAUUGUGCUCAUGUAUUAUCUUUGUUAUGCCAAGAUCCCUCCUCUGGAAUAACAUGCUUCUGAGGCUAGCUCGCUUUCAAACCUCAUAUCUUUUAAAGCUUGAAGCCCUGAGGUGGGGAGGAAGAUAAAGAGACCUUUGCAGCCUGGGCUGGACAGCCCAUAAUAAUGAACAGCAUCCUUCUGAGCUCCAAAGUUGGAGACCACUGUCAUCAUCACAACCAGCUACUGGACCCCUCCCUGCAGGGGAGGAUUAGUGUGUGGCGAGGCUGGAAACAAAAGGAACAUGACCAGGCAAAGUAGGGGUGUGUUGGGAUUGGCUCACACUGUAUUGUAGUUGAUUUUAACUCCACAUGUAAACAUGUAAAUUUGUAUUUCUGCAAAAGGAUUUAAUUGUUUAUAAUGUAACCUUGUCUGGGUCUUUGGCUGGGCAGAGACUGUAUUAGUAUAUACCCUUGACAAUUAACAGCAGGGGCACUGCAACUUCUCAAGACCCAUUUAGAAUAAGAAAGAGUUGCUUCAUGGAUACUCUUGCAGAAGGAAACAAAAGUACACCAUGUUCUUAUGUAAGCUUAAUGACUACUGCGGUUUUGUUCUUUUUUUUUUUUUAUAUAUAUAUAUUGAUUUGUAAUCCUCGUGUUAUUGGCAACAAUGACAGUACCAUUCCCCUUAUUUGAUGGCACCUCUUAACUACAAUGGCCGUAAUGAUGAUGGCGUAGACACAGCUGUUUCUGGCAUUCCAGAGGUUCGGCUAUUCAUAUCUAAUCACUCAAACCGGAUGAACCUCAGUAAGGCUAUGCAGUGAAGACACAGUCUUGUGGAGUUUUGUUGUACUGAAGAGAAGUAGUCUUAACAGUGUAGUCACCUGCUUAGUUCUUGUAGCUGGUUCACAUCCUGACCACUUUGCCAAUCCUGCAGUUGUAAUAGUCUGGAAAAAAAAAAAAAGUGACCUUUACCUUCUGACUUUUCCUCGACCUCAUGGCUGUUUGAAAACACAGCCAGAGUUUCAAAUUCACAGCAAUAGUCUUGACCAUAUACCUACUGGCUUCACACCUGGGAAGAUCAACUGGAGUCUGUUCCAUUUCCAGAAUAUUUGUUCAGGUUUGAUAAAUAUUUGUUCAGAUUCGCUACAGGAAGGACCCAGGUCUUCCCAUUACCACCUCUCUGGUUACUAUUCCUAACCACUCUCAGCACUGCUGUACCCCUCACACGCCGAAUCUUUGAUGUAAUGUGAAUAAUAUGCAGAAAACUGUGUGGAGCAUUCCAAUUAAUGCAGUUACACGUUUGUUGUGGGUGUUCUAUUGUGUGGUUAUUUGCAUUGUUUUAAGUAUAUUGUCCUGAAAACCAGCAUAGAAAGCUUAGUUAUGCUAAUUCAUACAGUCAUUCCUCAUUUUUGCGUUGGUUUAGAAUUUUCUCAGUAAUACUAACCUCAGUCCAACAUCUUCAAAACAGGUAGAAAUGGGUACAAACAGCGUGUUCAUGUCCAACAAGUCUGACAUUUGUUAAGACUUGCAGGAUUUGACAAGAGUCACACUCCCUUCUUGUUUCACCCAAAGCAAAUUUUCAACAUGACUAUGGAUCAUUGGCAUGGUUGUUAGCUGUUGUGAUACCAUUGGUAAAGUACUAAUCACUUCAUUCUGGUCACAUUGUCGAGCUCACCCCAUUCUCUGGAGAAGCAAACUCAGGAAUACAUACUGCACACUUGACUUUGCAAAGGAUUGCUUCAGAAUAUCAUAAAAUGCAAGAUUGAAUGUGUCAAUCUUUUUUUGGGGUGCCAUUUAAAAAUGAUGCCCUUGUCUCACCGAUAGGCAUUGCAGUGUGUUUUGCUGUUGUACUGCACACACUUGAUUUAGACUUUCUGAAUACCAUUGAGGUUGAUAAAUAAUUACUAAGCAAGUUUUGGAAUGAUCAGAUAUCUGGAGCAGGGAUUUGAUCCCACCUUCAUAUCAUCCUGUGCUUUAUGAGGGGUUAAGAACACAUCAACCCUGUCUCUUUGAUAUUGCUGUAUUUUGCAUGUCAAUAUAUCAAUGGGUGUUGUUUCCCCCAAGCUACUGAAGGCAAAGUGUGGUUGGUUUGGGUGGUAAAAAAGACUAGAUGUAUCCAUUUUUUCAUUCAUUGUUUACUCAACUUGUGGUUUCCUAUCAGAGCACAGGGUCAUUUUUUUUCUGUGCGUUGCUUAUUGAAACAGGUCAGAUACUAUAUGAGACACAUGGACUACAUGUUCGGAUUACCUUUAAAGAUGCCAGGAUUCCCUACAAAAAGUAGCAGUUUAGAUUUGUGUGCCAUCAGAACAAUUGUGAGCUUACAUCUUGAACCUGACAUUUUGAAUAAUGGUGUACCCAAGUCUGUUGUGCACUGAAUAACAGCUUCUCUUACACCAACACAUGUCGUCUGACUAACAAAAACCUUUUCUGCUUUGGCAAGCGCCAUAUUGAUCUGAGGUCUGAACUAGCCUGAUUCUGGGUUCCUUGCUUCAUUAACUGCGGUGGCCGGGUUAUAAAGUUAUGCACUGUUAGCAUGCUUUGGUUUGGUUUCAUUUUUUUCCAUUGCAAGGGUGAUUUUGACCAUGUAAAGUAAUUUGUAAACUUGCAUCAAGUUUAUGAAUAAAGAAUUUUAUGAAAUA